CUUCUUGUUCUGGUAUUAUCUUUUGUUGUUAUAAUCAAACCCAAAGAUGCAGGUGACGGCGAACGAAACUGGGAUUCCAAUGGCAAGCAACAUAGGGAUAGAAACCGAGGCACCAGCCACGACGAUGAUGCUCGACAACCCAUACAUGAUGGUUAGGCAUCUGGCUUCCACCAACGCAGUAGUUUUGUUCAGCAUGAGCGGGUGUUGCAUGUGCACCGUGGCUAAACGCCUCCUCUUCGGACUCGGUGUUGGUCCGACCAUCAUCGAGCUCGACCACCAUGGAGCCGGUCCUGACAUACAAGCCGUCCUCUUUCAGCUCGUGGCCGAUGGUCGACAGCCUAUCCCUGCCGUGUUUGUUGGUGGGAAGUUCCUUGGUGGCAUUGAAACCCUCAUGGCUUGCCACAUCAAUGGCACGCUGGUCCCUCUCCUCAAAGAAGCUGGUGCACUUUGGCUCUGAUUCUCUCGAUUCAGCAUUCUCAUG